CCAAGAUGGCGGCGCAGAGGAGGAGCCUGCUGCAGAGUGAACAGCAGCCAAGUUGGACUGAUGACUUACCUCUUUGCCAGCUCUCUGGAGUUGGCUCUGCCCCAAAUCGAACCUACUCUGUUGAUGGCAAAGGGACUGAGAGCCAUCCAUUGGAGGAUAAUUGGCUCAAGUUUAGGAGCGAGAACAACUGCUUCCUCUAUGGGGUCUUCAAUGGCUAUGACGGCAAUCGAGUGGCUAACUUUGUGGGCCAGAGGCUUUCAGCAGAGCUGCUGCUGGGCCAGCUAAGUGCUGACCACAGUGAAGCUGAUGUGAGGAGGGUGUUGCUUCAGGCUUUUGAUGUUGUGGAAAGAAGCUUUCUGGAGUCCAUCGAUGAUGGUUUGGCAGAGAAGGCCAGCCUCCAGUCCCAGCUGCCAGAGGGAGUCCCUCAGCACCAGCUGCCACCCCAGUACCAGAAGAUCCUGGAGAGGCUGAAGGGGCUGGAGAGGGAGAUUUCUGGAGGUGCCAUGGCUGUGGUAGCAGUCAUCCUUGCCAACAAGCUCUAUAUCGCCAAUGUGGGUACAAACCGUGCAUUACUCUGCAAGGCCACUGGAGAUGGGCUGCAGGUGACCCAACUGAAUGCUGACCACACCACUGAAAAUGAGGAUGAACUCUUUCGCCUGUCCCAGUUAGGUUUGGAUGCAGGGAAAAUCAAACAAGUGGGGACCAUUGGUGGCCAGGAGAGCACACGCCGAAUUGGGGAUUACAAGGUCAAAUAUGGCUACAGUGACAUCGAACUGCUCAGUGCUGCCAAGUCAAAGCCAAUUAUUGCAGAGCCAGAAAUCCAUGGUGGGCAGGCCUUAGACGGUGUGACUGGCUUCCUGGUAUUGAUGUCUGAGGGGCUCUACAAAGCCCUGGAGGCGGCCCAUGGACCAGGGCAGGCCAAUCAGGAGAUCGCGGCAAUGAUUGACACAGAAUUUGCCAAGCAGACCUCCUUGGAUGCGGUGGCCCAGGCUGUGGUGGACCGGGUGAAACGUAUCCAUGGGGACACCUUUGCCAGCGGUGGGGAACGGUCAACGUUCUGCCCCCGGCAUGAGGACAUGACUCUGCUGGUGAGGAACUUUGGGUACUCACUGGGCGAGAUGAGCCAGCCCACCCUGACCCCAGCCCAAGGUACGCCCACCUGUGGAGGACGUGUGUAUCCUGUCUCAGUGCCUUACUCCAGUGCCCAGAGCACCAGCAAGACUAGUGUGACCCUGUCGCUCGUCAUGCCUUCCCAGGGACAAAUGGUCAAUGGCGCCCACAGUGCUUCUACCCUGGAUGAGGUGACGCCCACUCUGACCAACCAGAGCCCCACCAUGACCCUGCAGUCCACCAACACCCACACUCAGAGCAGCAGCUCCAGCUCUGAUGGGGGACUCUUCCGCUCUCGGCCUUCCCACUCCCUCCAGCCAGAUGAGGAUGGUCGGGUGGAGCCCUACGUAGACUUCGCUGAGUUUUACCGUCUCUGGAAUAAGGACCACGGGGAGCAGGGGGCCCUUCCGGUGUCUUAGUGCUGCCAAGAGGGUGGCCCCACAAAAGGGGAGAGGAUCCUGGAGGAAGGACUGCUGGAGCCCUUUACCUAUACCCUGUCCCCUAGGAACCAUUGUCAGGUCCUCGAAUCCUCCCUCCUUCCCCAGGGCUUGAUCCUUUCUCUUGGAAAGCUGUGGGAGAAACAUGGGGACCGAAGAACCUUGCCAAGGCAUGGAUGAGCUCCACAGAACCUACCAGUCACAGAGGACCGAAGCGGAGACUAUUCAUUGGAAGCCUGGCCUGCCCAGCCUAGCAUUUCUGGGGCCUGAGGCCUCUCUCUCUAAAUAAAUGUAACUUGUAUCAUU